AUAUGCCUUUUUUUUCUUCGAAUUUUCUCUUUUACUCGCUCGAAAAAGAAGCUGUCGCCGGAGGCCCUGAGAUCAGAAGGUAGGCGUGUAGGAUUUGGGUCGCUGUCAAUAUCUUCUCGUUUACUUGAUCUGGAAAGCCAAAGCUUCUUUCUUGCUGUAUAUAGCAGAAUGAAUCCAUGUAAUCGAUCUCAUCUCAGCUCUGUUUCGAAUUCAUCACGACUUUCCCAUUGCUACCGAUCCAAGCAGCUUAGUUUCAUCUUGUUUUUGAGCUUUUUCUCGUGAAAAAAAUCGGUCUUUUCGGUGCUUUGUUUCUGAUUUUUCUAUUCUCAGUUUGAUUCGAUUCCUUGCGGACGGUUCCCGAACUUAUCUGUCUCCAUUCCUUUUCGAAGUGCUCUCAAAACCCUAGCUAUUUACUCGACAAAGAAUUACGAAAAUCCUCUAUCUCUUCUAUAAAGAGAGCGCUUUGUUAAGCCUUCGACUUCUAUCCAACUGCUGAAAGGGGGAAAUCGUUUGGGUUUGAUUUCUGUAUUUAAAAUGGUGUCAAGAUCCUACUCCAAUCUCCUCGAACUCGCCUCCGGGGAGCCAUCUUCAUUAGGGCGGCUUAGACGGCUGAUUCCCCGCGUCGUCACGGCUUCCGGCAUUGUCCCUGACAUAGACUCUUCCUCUUCCUCCUCUGAUACAGACGACACGGACGAUGGAUCAUCCUCCUCCGCUCCUAAUGGCCGGACGAUCAUAGUGGCCAACCAGCUCCCAAUUCGCGUUCACCGCCGGCAUGGCGGCGGCCGGGGAUGGUCCUUCUCGUGGGAUGAAGAUUCCCUUCUGCUUCAGCUCAAGGACACCAUUGGCGACCGGGCAGGAGGCAUGGAGUUCAUCUAUGUAGGUUGCCUUGGCCAUGAAAUUCCUCCCUCCGAGCAAGACGAAGUGUCACAAGUCCUAUUAGAGAAGUUCAACUGCGUCCCAACCUUCCUCCCGCCAGACCUCUUAUCUAGAUUCUACCAUGGUUUCUGCAAACAGCAUCUAUGGCCUCUUUUCCAUUAUAUGCUUCCGCUAUCUGCAGAGCUUGGCGGUCGAUUCAACCGAUCUCUAUGGCAGGCUUAUGUAUCUGCAAACAAGGUGUUUGCUGAUAAGAUUUUAGAAGUUAUCAGCCCAGAUGAUGACUUCGUUUGGGUUCAUGACUAUCAUCUCAUGAUUCUCCCCACCUUCCUCAGGAAGAGGUUUAAUAGAGUAAAGCUCGGAUUUUUCCUACAUAGCCCGUUUCCUUCGUCGGAGAUUUACAAGACUUUGCCUGUUCGUGAAGAGAUUCUUCGAGCUCUGCUCAACUCAGAUCUAAUUGGAUUCCAUACUUUCGAUUAUGCCCGCCAUUUCUUAUCUUGUUGCAGCCGGAUGCUUGGGCUUACUUAUGAAUCAAAGAGGGGGUAUAUUGGUUUGGAGUACUAUGGUAGAACUGUAAGUAUUAAAAUUCUCUCAGUUGGGAUUCAUAUGGGACAGUUGAAAUCUGUUCUGAGCUUGCCGGGGACUGAGAUGAAGGUUUUAGAACUUAUGAAGCAAUUCUCCAGCCAGGGUAGGACAAUGCUGCUUGGGGUUGAUGACAUGGAUAUAUUCAAAGGAAUCAGCUUGAAGCUUUUAGCUUUUGAGCAACUUCUCUUGCAACACCCUGGGUGUCAAGGCAAAGUAGUUCUGGUUCAGAUUGCAAAUCCUGCAAGAGGUAAGGGGAAGGAUGUGGUGGAGGUGCAGGCUGAAAGCCAUGCAAUGGUGAAACGGAUUAAUGAAACGUUUGGCCGACCAGGUUAUGAACCUGUGAUCAUGAUAGAUAAGCCGCUGCAGUUUUACGAGCGGGUGGCGUAUUAUGUGGUGGCCGAGUGUUGUUUGGUGACUGCAGUGAGGGAUGGAAUGAAUCUCAUACCUUAUGAGUACAUUGUCUCGCGACAAGGGAACGAGAGAUUGGAUCAAGCACUGGGUCUUAGCCCUUCCAUGCCUAGAAAGAGCAUGUUAGUGGUAUCGGAGUUCAUCGGAUGCUCCCCAUCUUUGAGCGGGGCCAUUCGGGUGAAUCCUUGGAACAUUGAUGCUGUAGCAGAUGCCAUGGAUUCUGCAUUGGAGAUGCCAGAGGCAGAAAAACAGUUGAGGCAUGAAAAACACUAUAGAUAUGUGAGUACUCAUGAUGUGGGCUAUUGGGCUAACAGUUUUCUUCAAGAUUUGGAGAGAACUUGCAGGGAUCAUAUCAGGAGGAGAUGUUGGGGAAUUGGUUUUGGUCUGGGGUUUAGAGUUGUUGCCUUAGAUCCAAAUUUCAGGAAGCUAUCUAUGGAGCAUAUUGUGUCUGCAUAUAGAAGAACUAGCACACGAGCGAUUCUUUUGGAUUAUGAUGGUACUCUCAUGCCUCAAGCUUCCAUUGAUAAGAGCCCAAGCCAGCAAUCAAUCGAGAUGCUUAACAGCCUGUGCUGUGACAAGAACAAUGUAGUCUUUCUUGUCAGUGCUCGUAGCCGUAGCACACUCAGUGACUGGUUCUCCCCUUGUGAGAAUCUGGGAAUGGCAGCUGAACAUGGCUAUUUCUUAAGGCUUAAUAGAGAUGCAGAAUGGAAGACUUGCAUUCCUGUGGCUGACUGCAGCUGGAAGCCAAUUGCGGAACCUGUAAUGAGUCUAUACACUGAGACCACUGAUGGUUCCACCAUUGAAGACAAAGAGACCUCCAUGGUUUGGUGUUAUGAGGAUGCAGACCCUGAUUUUGGAUCUUGCCAAGCUAAGGAGCUUCUGGAUCAUCUAGAAAGUGUGCUCGCAAAUGAGCCAGUUUCAGUGAAGACUGGUCAGAAUAAUGUUGAGGUCAAGCCUCAGGGAGUGAGCAAAGGUCUUGUAGCUGAGCAAUUGCUUUCCACCAUGAGGGAGAGAGGAUUGUUACCAGACUUUGUUCUUUGCAUUGGAGAUGACAGAUCCGACGAAGACAUGUUCGAAGUGAUAACCGGUGCUGUCGAUGGCCACUCAUUGCCGCCGUCGGCUGAAGUUUUUGCAUGCACAGUCGGUCGGAAGCCCAGCAAGGCAAAGUACUAUUUGGAUGAUACAGCUGAGAUUGUCAGGUUGAUGCAGGGUUUGGCUUCAGUCUCUGAACAAUCAUUAGAGACAUUUGUGUCUGCACAGUAAAAGAACUGAUACAAAAAUGGCAGACUUUCAUCUGGUAGUUUUAUUGUAGGCAUAUCAUGCUUAUCCUUUGUGCAUUUAAGACUUUAUUUAGUAGGUUGGAAAUGGGCUAAUGUUUUUCAUUUUAUAACUUUACAGUGAUGGAAAAUUGUUUUUUUGUUCUCUUUUUAAUCUGAUAAACAUUUGAAUAUGUUUCAUUGAUAA